AUGGAUAUCGUCUUUCACCCCGGUGUAAACGGGUCCGAUCCCGUUGUCGAGUUCUACCCAUAUGUUCCCUCAGCUACGGCGGGUUAUGCAUUCGUGGCCAUUUUCGGUAUUGCAACAAUCGUUCACAUUGUGCUCACGAUUCCAUUCCGCGCUGCAUACUUCAUACCCUUGAUAUUAGGAGGAAUAUGUGAAACAUUCGGUUACUACGGACGAGCAUGGUCCCAUCAAUCCCGAUUCGAAAUUAAAUCUUGGGCUUUACAAGAAAUGCUCAUUCUCUGCGCACCACCUCUUGUCGCCGCGACUGUUUAUAUGGUUCUUGGACGAAUCAUUCGCGCCUUCGAAGCAGAACACCUCUCCAGCAUGCGCGUCAAAUGGCUCACAUUCGUCUUUGUGAUGAACGAUGUCCUCUGUUUCUGCACUCAGCUCGGCGGCGCUGGCGUCCAGGUUACUGGAGACGCCAAUAUCAUGAAGAUUGGCAAGAAAGUUGUACUUGCUGGUUUGAUUUUCUCGUUGGUUGUGUUUGCGUUCUUCAUUAUGAUUGCCGUCAAGCUUCAUCUCCGGCUGAAACAAGCACCGACACCUCUAUUGAGUAUGAACCCCGAUCUUAAAUGGGUGCCGUAUAUGUGGGCGAUGUAUGUCGCUUGUUCCGCCAUGAUGCUUCGCAAUUUGGUUCGAACGAUCCAAUUCGGUGCGUCUCGGACGCAAGAUGUUAAUACGAAGGAGGUGUACAUUUACGUCUUUGAUGCGUUUCUGAUGUUUCUUUCUAUGCUUGUUUUGAUUGUCUACCACCCGGGGAAGCUCGUCAAAAAGGCCCGGCGGCUGGCAAAGGCCGGUGCAUUCGAUCGUUCUCUCCAUGUUGAUCGUGAUUCAACACAGGUUCCACUGACUCAGUGGGAGCCACGACCAAUGCAAGAGACAUGCUGA